AUGGCGUUAUUGCCGUACGUAUAUCGUAUGGAUGAUGCGUGUAUUUCACCGGAGUAUUAUGACAAUAAUGGUUGGCGUUCGCUUACGGCUUUUGCUAGACGUGGACUGUUAACAAAAAUAAUCCAGAGUGCUUUCGUUCUAUUAAUGGUGGUGUUGUGCGACAUUUGGAGGUGCGGCCCUGGUUAUGGAUUGGGGGUUCGACUGUACAACGAUUGCAGUAGUCGAAAUGUCAGGGUUGACUUCCGGGGACGAGUCCUCGCCAACGACGAAACUUCGAAUGCACUUCAAAACUUGACUGUCAAAUCCCUGGACUUCAGUAUUCAACUGUCGAUAUUCGCUGAAGAGUCGCAUCGGUAUUUGUGUUUCAACAACAAAUGGUCCCUUGUUGGUUCGAAACGCUUCCGCGGCCCCAAGUGUCUGUUCUACGAGGAAAUGUUGUCCACCGGUUAUACGCGAUAUAAGUCGGUGGUCGACCAGUCACGGUACAUCGGUUUCAACCGGAAGGGCCGGCCGAUGAAGCGCCAUGUGUUCCAAACGGACCCGUUGAACCGGUGCCUGAAUUUCCUCAAGUUAGACACGAAGUUCGACAUCAGCGAUCACAACCGCAAGGUGGCUGCUUCGUUCGGCAAGAAUGUCAUCGGCGGUGGCGGCAAGCGCAACGGUACGAUCAAGAAACCGUUGACAUCAAUCAUUGGCGGUAACAUCAGAAAGUCGCCCUCCACGACCACAACCACCACCACCACCACCACCACCACCACCACGACAACCACCACCACCACCACCACGACACCACCACCACCACCACCUCCUCCUUCACGACCGACCACCAAGCACAGUCGAAUUCGGUUCAGACACAACAGACGUAACAGACACCACCAUCCUGAAGCCCUUCAAACACUCGAUCAAGCCUAAAACAAUUUCUCAACAAAAACCGGAACACAACGAAGUUUAUUAAAAAAAAAAAAAAAAAAA